AUGACUAGACUAUACCCUGCUCUCGACCUUAAGGAUAAGGUUGAUCUAAAUGGAGAGGGUAAUGUAAGAAAGAGAAUAACAGAAUUGAAUGGAAAUGAACACUCUAAUGCAAGCAAUUCUACUAAAGGGAAAUCAAAAGAUACUUCUACUAUUACUACUCCAAUACUUGAGGGGUCAUCAAAUUUCAUUACUUCAAGUUCUCCAUUGAAUAGCUCAAAGCGUCCUCGACUUCUUCCAAAUCAACUGGAUGUUUUUCGUUUGGCAAGAGAUCUUGGAAUGCGACCAAUGAUUUGGAAGUUUCCUCCAAAUCAAAGAGAUGAAAUUCGUCGGGCUUAUAUUAAAGUUGGGCCAAAUCAACCAAUUCUUGAUAAUGAUCCAUUUUCUGGUGAUAAAAGUCAUCGUCGCUUUCAAGCUUCAUGGUUACAAUUAGCAUUGGUGGCAGCUUCAAGAGAGGUACUUCAAAUUCAUGAAUUUUUUACUCAAUUAAACUCUAUUGUCACUAUUGUUAGUACUUCUUCAAAAAGACAUGAUCAAUUACAAGAAGUUCAAGCAAUUGAAAAUGCAAACUUGGUUGCUCAAAAUGAAUUAGAAACAGGCAAAUGUGAGAAUCAAAUAAGCACUUUACAAAGAGUUGGGGAUACUCGAUGGAGCUCUCACUUUAAUUCUAUUUGCAGUUUGGUAAAAAUAUUUACUGCUACCAGCAUUGUUCUCAAUAAUAUCAUUGAUGACGGGACAACUUAUGCACUAGGAGGUGAGGCUUAUGGUGUUAGUAAAAUAUUAUUGUCAUUUGAAUUUGUUUUCACUUUGCACUUGAUGAAAGAGAUUAUGGGAAUCACUAAUGUUCUUUGCCAAGCACUGCAACAACAAUCUCAAGAUAUUCUUAAUGCAAUGCAUUUUGUUUCUACAUCAAAGUUACUUCUUCAACAAUUAAGAGAUGGUGGAUGGUGCAACUUUCUUGCAAAUGUUAAAGAUUUUUGUGAAAAGCAUGAAAUUGAAGUCCCUAAUAUGAGUGCACAAUAUGUUUUUGGAAGAGGUCGAUCUCGUCAACCAAAUGUGACAGUUGAGCAUCAUUAUCGAAUAGAUGUAUUCUUGGCAACAAUUGACUCUCAAAUACAAGAGUUGAAUAGUAGAUUUAAUGAGCAAAUAAUAGAGCUUUUGACCUUGAGUUGUACUUUGGAUCCUAAGGACAAUUUCAAAUCAUUUAAUAUUGAAGAAAUUAGCAAGUUAGCAGAGAAGUUUUAUCCCCUUGACUUUCCUUCUAAUGAGCUUAAUAUUUUGAAAUCUCAUUUGCAACAUUAUCAGCAUGAUAUACCAAAUCAUUUGAAAGGCAUUGGUACACUUUUUGAAUUGUGCAAGAAGUUGCAAGAAAUGGAAAAAUCAAGAACUUAUCACAUGGUUGAUAGAUUAAUACGUAUUGUUUUGACUCUAUCACUGUCUAUAGCAACAACAGAAAGAGCUUUUUCAGCAAUGAAAAUUAUUAAGACAAGACUCAGAAGUAAGAUGGCUGAUGAAUUUCUUGCAGACAAUUUAGUCAUCUAUAUAGAAAAAGAAUUAGCAGCUAUUUUCGACACAAAUUCAAUUAUAGAUGAUUUUGAAAAUAGAAAAAAACGUCGAAUAGCAUUUUCAUGA